CGCACGAACCCGGAUGUUCUCCUGCAUGUGAGUCGAACGGAAAGUAACGGGUCGGGGUGGGGCUAGGCAGUCCCUCGUCCGAUUUUGCUGCGCAGGGUAAGGCACCAAAAGCCACUCCCCGCGGACCAGCCAAUGAGAGGACAGCCUCCAAUCCUUGGCCCGAAGCCCGGAGUUUCGCACAUGGUCGAAAACACGCCAUUUUUCGCGAUCAGCGCCAUCCCGCCUGGCCGACCACCUUCCACUGUCCGCUGGCUUCCGCUUUUCAACUCGACAGCUCGCUCUCAAUUCUCUUCCUCCCUCUGCCUGUUCUGCAUCCGUACGUCGCUUUACAACCACCCACCUAGUUUCGCUCAUUUACGCCGAAAUUUCAGACCUCGAUCGUCCCGAGAAGAGAGGCAAAGUCAAACAAAGGAAAACGGAAACGUCGAGCACGACUUCGCCGCCGUUGCCAGAUACCGCUUCACGACAGCAGUUCCACAAAACAACGACCAUGUUCGCCACGAGGGUACUCCGCCAAGCUUCUCACCACGUCGAACGCACGCCGUCCAUUAAAUUUAUCGGCAGGCGCACGACCCCUGCCUCCGUCGACCACUCCCCGCAACCCCAUCCCGCUUCGCCAACCCAUUCGCUUCCGGCAUCGUUUACCAGCGGCUCCUCCCACGCCACCUUCAGCGUCUACCGCGAUCACGCUCAGCAAUUUGGCCCUCUUCGCAAGACCAUCAAAGCUAACGCAGGCAUCGGCGCCGUCGCCGGUUCCGACCUCGGUCCUGUCGCUCCGCCCAAGGGUGUCUUCUUCGACCGCAACGAUCUCCCAGCACGGUUCCACCGCCAGCCUCUCACUGCUGCCGAGAUCGAGGCCAUUGAAACGGGGGGUGCGGCGCUGUUCUCAUAAGCGCCGUUUCACGACAACUUUAAGCACACGAUUUUAUCUGUCCCUACUAUGAGUCCUGAGAGGAGUUCCCGACUUUAUGCAAGCGGGCUAUCUCCGUGGAAAUUGGAGGUGAUGGCGAUCUCCGGACGCACAUUAGCAUUUACAACAUCACGACAUUGGCAUUAGGUUGGCGGCUCGCAAAGGACGUGAACAACAGUGCACCCCAUUGCUUCCAUGCAAUGGUUAGGGUCGGGGAAACACAUACUCAGAACGCGGGUCCCCCGGUUUGGGCUGUUCUCGGGCUAGACCACCGUUCAGCAAGAGUGGUCUUCUUUUUUCUCUUAAUUUAUGGUUAUACACCGGAUGGAUGGGCCCACGCUUCUGAUGUCACGCCCGCGGUUGUCUGUAUAGGAGAAUUGGGACCUGGGGAAGCAUUUCACGGCGAAUACCUGGGCCCUCCCAGCCGACUAGGAGACGGGUAGUGAGGGCAUGGGUUACCUAGCAUAGAUCGGAAUGACGAAGGCCAACCGACACUCAUUUCUAACUCGUCCUCUCCUGUUCACUCAGCCCUGUGUUUGAUGGGUGAUGUUCCGCUGGUGUCAUCCGA